CGACACCAUAUCCAGCCUCCAUCGCCCGCAGCUUCGCGCAUAUUUGGGCUAUGCUUGAUACUCUUGAAGCGCGUCCGUUUUCUGCGGGUAGCUGGAUCCGAAGCUCCGUCGGCUGAAGGCCCUAUGUCGCACUCUCGCAUCACAGGCCGGGAACGAUACGAAGACCUCAUCAACGUGAAGUCCGAGGCCUUGUCCUUGGAUACGCAACAUUCAUCGCAGAAAGCGACGUGCGACAGUGACCUGAUGGACGUAACCUUAGGAAACACGGAAACACCUUGCGACAGGAUCACUUCGACCCUUGCAACUUGCGUGCAUCCAACUGAUCGAUCUCACUGGAUUUUCUGUCUAUCAUCGCGCAAUCAAAAGCACGUAAUACACGUGUAUGGAAGUCAGGCGUGCCAGGACAUCUUGUCGGCCUUACCGCCUUUCGAAAUUUCGUCGAACCACUGCGGCGCAAAAGUCCCCAAAAGGAAACGCCGAGCCGAAAGAAGAAGCCGAAGAAUCUUCGAAAAGCUUCGCCCCAGUGGGCCUUCGGCUACGUAUGGUCGUAUCGAGUUUAAUGCCUCGCGUAUAGGUGACAUCCAGUGUCGUGCAUGGGAAUCCCUUCCUCUCUUGCACACUAUGUACGACUAUCAUGAAGGCUAUUUCAACGUUCACAUUGACAGUCUAGAAGACCAACGAAAAUUCAAGAGCAAGGACAAUGAGAGGUGAAACCGUCAAGCGAUAGCAAACCGCUUCGCCGAAACUCGGUCCGGCAAAACUUGGAAGCAAAAUUCAGCACACACGUCCCCAACCGACCUCGACGUAGCGUUAAGCUUGACGGACCAGAGACCCUUUUGGGAAGGCUUUAGGCGGGACGUUGAUCCGCGCUUAGGGGCACGGGGGACGGGUUGAACCUUAACCUCGCGUGUUAACGGUAUGGCCCCGCUCUGGGGAGCUCGGCUCACGAAACAACCCGCCUCAAUUGGACCGACAAACCUUAUGCAACGGAUUUGUGGGUGACACGAUUGGCUGUACGCGGCUGGAUUUCGUCCACGUUCAU